AUGUCGACGUUGAUGGCAGACCAAACAGAGAUGAAGGAGGUCGGUGUAGGACAGACACCCCAUCAUGUAUUGGCAGAGACAGAUGCAGAGGCCUUGAGUGAUCUGUCCGAGGAAGUCAAGCAAGGAUUCACGGCUUCCGAUCAACGUGAUAUGCAACGGAUGGGUAAAAAGCAAGAACUCAGGAGGAAUUUCCGAAUGGUCAGUACAAUAGGCUUUACCACGUGCGUCAUGGGAACUUGGGAAAUUUUGUUGACAUCAAAUACACCUGGACUAAUUGCGGGCGGACGGCCAGAGCUGUUCUGGUCGCUGGUGUGGUCAUAUUGCGGCCAGUCCUUUAUCGUCCUCUCGCUCGCGGAGAUGGCAUCCAUGGCACCAACAGCAGGUGGUCAGUACCAUUGGGUUUCCGAGUUUGCUCCUCGAAAGUAUCAAAAGUUCCUCAGCUAUGCAUCAGGUUGGCUGUCGACAAUCUCGUGGCAAAGUAUCGUUGCGCUCGAUUCGUAUCUCGUAGGAACCGUCGUUCAAGGACUAAUUUCCCUGAAUAACGAAUCCUAUGCUCCGACCCGUUGGCAAGGUACACUAUUGGUAUUCGCAGCAGCCAUCGGCAUGUCGCUUUUCAAUGUCUUUGGAGCCAAGCGUCUCCCAUUGGCCGAGGGCAUCUUUGUCACCUGCCAUUUCUUUGCCUUUAUUCCUGUUAUUGUCACACUGCUUGUUCUGGCGCUGAAAGCCGAGGCUAAAGAUGUCUUCACCGGAUUCACGGACAACGGAGCCGGGUGGCCAUCAAUCUCUCUCACUGUUAUGGUGGGCCAGGUGUCUAGCAUGUUUGUUGUACUAGGUUCCGACUCGGUAGCCCAUAUGUCCGAAGAAAUUGAGAAUGCCAGCGUGGUGGUUCCGAAAUCCAUGAUCUGGGCAUUCGUAUUGAACAUGCCUUUUUCCUUUGGCCUGCUUCUGUCCUAUCUGUUCAGUAUGCCCGAUGUGCAAGCUUCAAUCGACUCUCCUACCGGAUUCCCAUUUAUCCACGUCUUCCAUCAAGCAUUGAAGGAUACAGCCGGCUCAACAGUGCUCGUGGUGGUGAUACUGGUUCUGCUCAUCAUGAUCACCAUCAGCUCGCUAGCGUCCGCGUCGCGUCAAACAUUCGCCUUUGCUCGAGAUAACGGACUACCUUUCUCCAGCUGGCUAGGCGCCGUUCAUCCAAAGCUUCAUAUCCCCGUCAACUCGAUUAUCUUUACCUGCGCCUUCUCCAUGGUUAUGUCCCUUAUCAACAUCGGUUCGACGGUUGCUUUUAACGCCUUGCUGUCGCUCUCCACCGUCGCUCUCAUGGCCACCUAUCUCAUUUCGAUCGGAUGCAUCAUCUUGCGCCGUAUUAACAACGAUCCCCCCUUGCCGCCCUCUCGAUGGACGCUAGGCAAAUUCGGCUUCCCGGUGAAUAUCAUGGCCAUGCUUUAUUCGACAUGGUCGUUUUUCUGGAGUUUCUGGCCCAAUGAGUAUCAGGUUAAUGCACAGAACUUCAACUGGGCCUGUGUGCUAUUUGUGGGAUUGAUGAGCAUAUCGGGGGUGGUGUAUUGGGUGCACGCGCAACGAGUGUACGACGGACCGGUCGUGAAGGUUGAGGGGCGCAAGUUUGCGUAG